AAGCCGGUAGCCUAUAUACCAUUUGUAAAGUAUUCGCUUUGUACGGUGCGGACACAGCUGACUUCCUUAAGUUGUGCGCCGAAUGAUAUACAUUUUCUGGUACUGGAUUACUUUUAUCGUAAGAAAGGGAUAUUAAUUUGAGAUGGCGAAACUUCCUAAAUUUGGUAUAUUCGUUGUGGCUGUACUUUGUUCCGGGCUCAUGUCUCCUUCCGUUGUUUCAGGAGCUAAGAUCAUGCUUGCUAUGACGAUGGUCAUGAACAGCGUUAGUCAGCACAUUCUGUUUUCAGCUAUCACGGAACCUCUGGUUGAACGCGGGCAUGAAGUUAUUCUCCUGGCCCCUCAGUAUAAAGUGACCAAGGGUCUCACUGAGGAAGCGGUGACCGGGAAGAUCUUCUUUAAGAACUCUAAGACGAAGGAGGAGAUGGAGGAAAUGGCUGCGGGGCUUCAGUCAAUUGCCCUUGGUUUCAGUCAGGAGUCUGUCUUCCAGAUCAUCGGCAGGGUUCGUAAGAUCUUCCCAUGGUUCACGGAGGGAUGCUUCCAGCUCUUCAAGGACCAGGAGACACUGGAUCGGCUCAAGGAAGAACAUUUCGACCUGAUCCUCACCAUGCCGACUUGCGGUUGCGAUUCCUUGCUUGCGGAAUACCUGGGUGUUCCUUUCGUCGUGAUGACUCCACUUCGAAGGGCGCCUUUUUUCAAUGAAGAUAUUUUCGGCAUCCCCGCCCCGUCAUCUUACGUGCCGUUCAGUGGUAUGACUACGUUCACAGACCAAAUGACAUUUUCACAGAGGAUUGCCAAUGUUAUAAUGCGUUAUGUAACGGAACCAUUUUUUAUGUAUCUGGCACGGAGGGGUCUGGAUCAAAUUCAGAAGGACCACAACAUCAGACCUGACCUGUCGAUUGAUCAGCUUCUUGGCAAAGCUCAGCUUUGGUUGUCCCAGGGUAACUGGGCUUUUGAGUUCACUCAACCAAUCACGCCAAACUUUGUCUCGAUCGGUGGAAUCACAACCCAAUCACCCAAACCAUUACCAAAGGAAAUGAAUGACUUUGUCGAAGGAUCCGGUGACCAUGGGAUAAUAGUCUUCACUCUCGGAUCUGUUGUAGCAUCAUUAAUGAACGACGAACUCAACGAGAAACUGGCCAAAGUUUUCAGCGAGCUGCCGCAGAGGGUGCUGUGGAGAUUGAAGGGGACACGCCCACGUAACCUUGGAAACAACACGCUCGUUUCUGAUUGGCUCCCUCAAAGUGACCUCCUUGGUCACCCUAAGACGAAGUUGAUGAUCUAUCAUGGAGGAGCUAACGGUAUCAAUGAGAUCGUUUCUCAUGGUGUUCCAGUUCUGCUCAUGCCUCUAGCUGGGGAUCAGAUGGGUAAUGCAGUCAGGAUACAAGCAAAAGGAAUGGGGUUCCCUAUCGAUAAGAAUACACUCACCGAAGAAAGCUUUAGAGAGGCAGUUAAUGAGAUGCUUAACAAUCCUAAAUACACUGUUAAUGCAAAGAAGGCUGGCGCUAUAAUGAAAGAUCAAAUCGUACCUGUCCGAGAGAAAGUCGCCUACUACAUCGAACACAUCUUGAAAUUCGGUGGCGACCAUCUCAGAACUCGAGCUCUAGAACUCAACUUCAUCCAGCGAGAAUCCAUCGACGUCAUGGCAUUUUUACUUUUAGUUUUCAUAUCGUUUUUCUUGGCUGUCAAGUGGAUGGUUUGUAAAUGCUGCGGACUUUGUCGACGGAAACCUGCAGAGACGAGAAAGUCAAAAUCUGAUUAAUCUAAAUAUAAUUAUAUUUUGAUAAUAGAACUAUGAAUUAUGAUCUUAAGGGUUUGGGAGGGGUAAUUGAUUUGCAGUAAAUAGAAAUGGGAAAUAAAGAAGAUAUAAAAUCAGGGUCUUCACUAAUAAAAUACCGGGAAACUUUUUCAUC